AGCUGACAAUGCCCUGACUGCGCCGUCAUCAUUGAUCACUGCACUUAAUACUAUUCCUCGGACCUCCCUAAGAAUUACGGCCAAAUCAGUAUUGACUUUUCUUCGAUCAGGUUGAGCCAGCUACAAUAAGACCUCCUAGAUAUCAACUUCCCAGCAUGCCACACCUUGAUAACAAUGGAGUCAAGAUCUAUUACGAGGUGCACGGUGAGGGACCACCGCUCCUCCUAAGUCAUGGCUUCUCGUCUACGUCUGGCAUGUGGAAAGGCCAAGUCUCCACUAUAUCGACUUACUUCAAACUCAUCACCUGGGACAUGCGAGGCCAUGGACAAAGCGACUAUCCCCGCGACCAGUCAGCAUACAGUGAGGAAUUGACCGUGUCCGAUAUGGCAGCCAUUCUCGAUCAUGUCUGCGGACCCGGCAGCUCGGCAAUUGUGGGUGGCCUCUCCUUGGGCGGAUACAUGUCGCAGGCAUUCUACCGAGAUCACCCCGACCGCGUUCGAGCACUUCUGAUCAUCGCGACCGGCCCGGGUUUCAAAAAGGAUUCAGCGCGCGAUGCCUGGAACGAGACUGCUCACAAGACUGCAAAAGCAUUUGAGACCAAAGGUCUUGCUCCCCUCCAGCAAGAGAGCCCCGAGCGAGCCUCCGCCACGCAUCGUGACGCCACUGGCCUGGCAUUGGCGGCAAGGGGGAUGCUCGCGCAGAGAAAUUCCGGCGUCUUUGAUGCCUUGCCCCAAAUCAAGGUCCCAAGUCUGAUCGUGGUCGGUGCGGACGACACCCCAUUCCUACCUGCGAGCGAGUACAUGCUCAAGAAGAUCCCAGGGGCCAAGAAAGUCGUCAUCCCUCGUGCUGGCCAUGCCGUCAAUAUCGACCAGCCCCAGUUGUUCUUGAAGGCUAUAAUGCCAUUUUUGGAUGAUUUCCGACAAGAAAGGAAUCCCAAGUCGCUGCUCUAA